AUGUAUGGACACAUGCAAAAGCUCGCCGAGGCCGAAAAGGCAGGCAUCGAGCAGGCCGGCGGCCACGUCGACCUGUAUCAGAUACCCGAGACUCUCCCCGACGACGUCCUCGGCAUGAUGCACGCUCCCCCCAAGCCAAGCAACGUUCCCGUCCUCGACGACCCGCAGACCCUCGCGGCCUAUGACGGGUUCCUGCUCGGCAUCCCCACCCACUAUGGCAACAUGCCCGCACAGUGGAAGGCAUUCUGGGACAGGACCAGCGGCGUCUGGACCUCGGGCGGCUUCCACGGCAAGUACGCCGGCAUCUUCGUGUCCACGGGGACGCUGGGCGGCGGGCAGGAGUCGACGAGCCUGUCCGCCAUGUCGACGCUGAGUCACCACGGCAUCAUCUACGUCCCGCUGGGUUACGCCAGGUCCUUUGCGCAGCUGGCCAACAUAGCCGAGAUUCACGGCGGCAGCCCCUGGGGCGCGGGCACGUUUGCUGGGCCCGACGGCUCGCGCCAGCCCACCGCUCUCGAGAAGGAGAUGGCCAUGAUUCAGGGGAAGACAUUCUACGAGACGGUUGCCAAGGCUUGCGCAUGA